AAUAAGAAAUCAGAAUUGCAAGUUGGUUUCUUAACAAGACCAAAGAAGCUUUUCAAGGAGGUAAGUUAUUAAGUGUGUACUAUUUACCUUGACCUCGUUCAUCGCGAAGAAUGGUCGCUACGAAAAACACUUAAAACUGCACGAUCCCACCAAAAAAUGAAAUCAUCAAUUUUUAGCUUAUUCUCUCAAAGGGGAAGUGUCUUACCGAUAAAAAAUCACAUAUAUGGCUUCCUCAACAUGAACGCUAUAUAGCUUCAAAUCAUGUAAAAAUAAAUUAACAGUGAUUUUAAAGAGGAAAAAAAAUGAAGUGUGUUUAAUAGAGAUAGCUAGAGCAAUGAGAGCAGAUUACACCUGUGCAGUUUUUAUCAAGCUCUCCGUUGUAAACUUACAUACAAUAGCAUUUUGGCCAUUUUCUGAUAUUUUGAAAAUCUUGUUUGGUAUAUUUACCGAUUAAACUUACAGCCCGUAAUGAUAAUUUUUCUCAAAACGUCCUGACAAAAUAAUAGCAAUCCGCCAUGUUCAUAUUACCAACAGAGCACAAUUUAUCGGUUGGAACCACGUUUUACCCUGUAAGUGAAAGUGUAGUAACUGAGUUCGCCCAAAGAAAUUUUUGAAGUGGGUAAACCUUCAUUUACCCCCAGCACUCUUGAACUCAAUGUAAUAUGCAAAUAUGGCACUUAUGAAAUGAGGGUCUCUCUUUUUUUGUCGGUCUAACAGUCUGACUGAGGAAUUCUGUCGACGUACGUAGUUUUAGAAGGGCCGGAAGAAUGUCAGAAUUUGGCAGAUGCAAGACAGGAUGCAAAAACUAAUCUGUUAUGUGAAAGAGAACUUUUUACAUGCCCGUUAACACUAUUUUUAAGUGGUGCUACUUUUCAGACAGCAUGCACUCGUCCAUAAAAGGGGGAGUGGAACUUUCUAAGUUUACAGUUCUAUCCUCUCUAGCUUAAAUAAAAACUGUGGCCACCGCAAGAACCCUAAUCACGUAACGGUCGUAUUCCUGCUCUUCAACUUCCUUAUGUAAGGAAAAAUGGGGGAAACGAAACUAACGAAACUAACUGUUGAUACAAUUAUGAAAAUACGCCGAAUCAGGAGACCGUCCAGUUCUGUUUUUUGUUUUUCGUAAAGACUCAUUUUUCCAUACCCAAAAUGAGUUGUGCGUUGUUAAGUACAUCACGUUCCAUUAGACUACUUACUGAAUGGCUAACGAUGAAUAUGUAAAUUUCAUUUAACGGAAUGAAGAAAUAAAUGCAAAAAAACCGUCACAGCUAUAGAGGCAACUUCCGCAGAGACCAAAUUUUUUUCAGGCUUUUUUUCGCAACUCCAUAAGUUGCGUCCAUAACUUCGAUGUUUGCCUAAGGGUAAUGAAAUGAAAGACAACAGCUAGAAAAAUCGACGUAAACAAAAGAAAAUGAACACAGAUGACUAUUUUACGGCUUUAACCUAAAUCAAGUUUUAAACCCUUAAGAUAAAAGGUGCAAGGUAAAAGCAGUGGCGAUUUCAAGAACAGAGAAAAGAAACCCUGUCCUUAAUUUUCCAAACCUUGCUUGAGAGGACUUAAGUGGGCAAAUGCUGGCGAGUAUUGGUGCAUUUGUAAAGCUAAUAUUUUGACAUGCUCUAAACGUCACGCUGACUGAGAUGCAACCUGCGUAUACCUUAACUGGUCCCUAAGUACUUAGAACACAAAGAAAACACGAAUUUAUCUUAAGCGAUUCAAGAGGCAUCUUGGUACCAAAUCAAAAAUUAAACGCGACUAAAUUGAGAACCAGGCGUACGCAUGAUACUAGAGGUAUUAAAACUGUUAACACAAGAUUAGUUGCUAGACUGAUUUUAUUGUUCCUUUAGAGACCAAAGCCACAGCACGAUAUACCCACUGAUCGAUCGAAAUGGAUUUAGGCAAACUAAUCAUCAAUCAUAUCUCGAAGUAAAUACAUGUACCCGCCACUAGCUGCCGCCAAGCAAGGGAAAAUAUGCAACCAACUUCACCGGCGAAAAAUGUCUGAUUGGUCGAGGUGCGACCACGUGACAUAGAUCUAAGCAAAGCGAUUAUUUCCUCGACAUGAUUCUGAAAAAUUCAUUUCCUGUAGUUUUAAUAAAACUUGAAUUACUGAUAUAAGAUGACUUAUUCAGUGCAUAUUUACCCCGCGGUUUAUUUAAAUAUAUCUACAAAUGCAAACUCAAACCACUUUACUGAAUAGUUACAGAGUUGUCCUUAAUUUCCUCAAUAAAAAUGAGUAAGGGAAAUUAGAAUUGCUUCAAUUACUCCAAAAUGAAAGGCAGGAGAUUAGUGUUUAAUUUCUCAACCGUUUACUUACUUCGGAAUAUCAGAAAGGUUUUAUUUUGUCCAAGGUUAAAAGCUCCAAUAAAAUAGAUUAGCGCGCGUCAUAAUCUGGAGCAACUUUAACUGAACUUCAUUUAGGAUAUCGUUGUUUUGAAGAAACACUUGCGGGGGUUUCAACGAAACACUCUUCUCGGACUUAAUGGGGGAAAUAUGGCUGUUCUG